AGCCUGAUGCUGGCCAAGGCCAAGGAGUGCUGGGAGCAGGAGCACGAGGCGCGGGAGGCCGAGAAGAAGCGCUACCUGGCCGAGCGCAUCUCCCCGCUGCAGACCCGAGGCCUGUCGCUCAGCGCCCUGCAGGACCUGUGCCGGGACCUGCACGCCAAGGUGGAGGUGGUGGACGAGGAGAGAUAUGACAUCGAGGCCAAGUGCCUGCACAACACCAGGGAGAUCAAGGACCUGAAGCUCAAGGUGCUGGACCUGCGCGGGAAGUUCAAGCGCCCCCCCUUGCGGCGUGUCCGCGUCUCGGCCGACGCCAUGCUGCGCGCCCUGCUGGGCUCCAAGCACAAGGUGUCCAUGGACCUGCGCGCCAACCUCAAGUCUGUGAAAAAGGAGGACACGGAGAAGGAGCGGCCUGUGGAGGUGGGCGACUGGAGAAAGAACGUGGAGGCCAUGUCCGGGAUGGAGGGCCGCAAGAAGAUGUUUGACGCUGCUAAGUCCCCAACCUCCCAGUAG